UCUAACGGCGUAACGUCUGCACCGUCAUGACACGGCGCUUAUAAAGCAUCUAUUAUCGCCAAGCUAAGAUAUUAUAUACAUGCAUACUAAAGAUAGAAGUUAUAUUAUAUGCGAACGAUGUUCAAUAAGUGGCAGUGUGCGUGAAUUGCUCGCGGCUCUCGUGGUCGAAGUAUUCAGGGCAAGCUUAGCGACGCAGCUGUUUACAACUUAACCUCGAACUGCUUCGAAUCUGACUUCUGCUGAUGGGCUGACAGAACGUCGGGACGCGAGAGUGACGUCGCUCGCUAAGAUUUUUGGCCUCCGAGAUCGAAGCACCCGGGCGAGAGAGCUACGGCCUACGGGCACCGACGUAUCACUUUUCAUGAUACGAUCCACACAUACAACCAUGUAUUGUUUUAUUAUCAACUUGGAAUAAUGAAAAAUGAAAGAAAUUCAGAGGGAGCAGAAUUUUAUAAAAAGAGGCAAAAGUAAGCUGGCUUGCAUAAGGCAAUAUCGGAACCAAGAUUCAGAUUUCAAAAAUGAGCAACUCAAUGAAGCCAGUAUCGACGCAGUCAGGCACGAUAAAAUCAAACAAUGAUGAAAUGGAAAAGAUACCGUCAUCGUCGCCUAAAAGAUCUGACACUCUAACAAAUUCGCAAAGAAUAUGGACAAGUCUUGCAGCAGGAGCUAUUGCCGGAGGAGCAGCUAAGACCUCGAUAGCACCUCUCGAUAGAACAAAAAUCAAUUUUCAAACGUCUCAACAACCCUUUUCAACCAAAGCUGUAUUAGAUUUUCUUAUUAAAUCAUAUCAAAAGGAUGGAUUGCUUAGUCUUUGGCGAGGCAACAGUGCUACUAUGGUUAGAAUUGUACCAUAUGCUGCAAUUCAGUUUACAGCAUAUGAACAAUGGAAACGAAUUCUUAAAGUUGAUGAAACUGAUGUUGGCGAUGAAAGAAGAUUUAUUGCCGGUGCAAUAGCUGGUUUAAUAUCCCAAGCUAUGACUUAUCCUUUGGAUUUAGCACGAGCUCAAAUGGCAGUUACUCAAAAGGAUGAAUACAAAACUCUGCGCCAAGUUUUCACUCAGAUUUAUAAAAAGGACGGUUUAGUAGCUUUCUAUAGGGGAUUCACUCCAACGAUACUCGGUGUUGUACCGUACGCAGGCUGCAGCUUUUUCUUCUAUGAUACACUUAAAAAUAUACUUACAAUAUAUACAGUGAAUAGCCCUGCGCUAUCCGCAAUGACUGGCCUAAUGUCUGGAGCUAUAGCUGGAAUGAUUGGCCAAGCAAGCAGUUAUCCCUUGGACAUUGUUCGCAGAAGAAUGCAGACUUCUGCUGUUAAGAAUCAACAAUCCCUUGGGAUUAUCAAAAUGACUAUGAAAAUUUAUGGGGAAGAUGGUAUUAUGUCCUUCUACAAAGGCUUAAGUAUGAACUGGGUGAAAGGCCCGAUUGCUGUUGGAAUCAGUUUUGCCACGUAUGAUAUAAUGAAAGAUUUUCUUCGUAAAAUUUUUUGUUAAUUUUGAAACGCAAAGAAAAUAUUAUGAUGAAAUCCUAACUUACAUGAUAGGUCAUAUUGAUUAUCAUUUAAAGUUAUGUACAUAGGUUGUAUAAUGACAUCGAGGAAAUCGUAACAAAGUUUUAAUUCAAUGUUAUCAAAUUUUAG